GCGAACACAUAGGCGUCGCACAGAGCGACAACGGCUCCCGAAGAGCAUGUCGAUUUAAGAAAGAAGACCACUGCUCAUUUGCCAUUUUUGGCGCAUCUUUUGUUUGUCACGGAGCACCCCUGCAACCGUGCUACAGUGCCGCUGUCACGACAAACACUUCUGCCUCUUUUCUUUUCUUCUCCCUCACAUAUUCUUUUUCUCCCCCUUUGUGUAUGUACAGUACAGUUUCGAUAGAUUAUAAUUAGAUCAGCACGUACGGAUAGCGAUACGCUUUUUUUUUUUAAGUUCUCUACUUUACAGUAAUAUACUGGGCAUGGAGGAGCGGCGACGUGCGCCUGGCGCGGCGCGAACACGUCCUUCCUCAGGCAACUCUAGCCUUUCCCUGCUCCAGCGCCUGCAGUCUGAAAAUGAAAACUUGAGGUUUGAGCUGCUGCAGUCACAUCAACGAAACGUGUCGCUGCAGCACCAACUGGAUAGCCUGCACGCCAGCGUGGAUCAAAAUGUAAAAGAUGCGGUGGCGGCAAACAAAGAACAAAUGCGCGCGCUCGAGGAGCGCUGUCGCCUUCUGGCGGAUCGUGUUGUGGCCUCCAAGCGCGACGGUCAGCUUUCGGAGUCUGCACGUGUGGGCUUUCUUCUGCGAUCGCAGCUGGAGGAGCGGCGCUUUCUCAAACGAGGAUUAGAGGCGAUGCUGGAAUCACUCAGAGGAAGGCAAGCAUCGGUGCUGCCGGAAGCCGCAGAGGGCACGGAGGAGGAGGUGCACACCGGCACGCUUUACCGUCUCGUGAUGGCUGCCUCGAAUGCGUUGCUCGAGCACACGGCCGCCGUGAAGCUGGCGAAGGCGCGCACGCGUCUCUCCCUCGAGCACGCAACGGCAGUGCUGAGCGAGCUACACAACGCUCUGCGCGAUGCAGCGCGUGCGACCUUCGAGGCGGUGGCGCAUGCGAGCUCCCUCGAGGAGACGCUGCUGGCUGGGGGUGACAGAGAUGCACCGCAGGCAUCAACGAUGCUGUCGCGCGGAACGGCCUUUUCCACGUUGCGCAGCGGCUUCGCGACCCCUUCCCCCUAUCGCCGCGAACUCGCCGAUAGCUCUGCGAAGGGAGGUGAGAAUGAAGGCAACGAUGUGAGCCGCACCGUCUCUUCAGCGAACUGGACCGCCGCGCCUGCCGCAUGGCAGCUGUCGGAGGAGCUGGAGUGGGUGUGCGAUGUGCUCAAGGCAUGUGUGCAGGGGGUGCGUGAGGUGGACGGCGACCUAGCGGCAGCCGGUGCAGAGCUGACGGCACCACAGCCGUCACCACCAUCGUCACCGUUGCAGCAGCGGCCAGCUGUUAAUGGCAGCAUCGAAAGUAGUAAGCUUCACAAAAAAACCGACUUACCACCUUUAGCGGAGGCUGCGAGUCCAGAGAUGAACGACCUCUUACGCAGCUUUUUGGCGGAUCUUUCUGAUGUCAAGAAGAGGGCCGCGCAGCAGCAGGAAGCAAUGGCGCGUCAACUCGCGCACGAGGUGGACCGGCAUUAUCGCUCCACCCAGCAGUACGAGGAGCGCGUCAAACUUCUCGAAACGGAGUGCGCGAGGCUGUUGCGUCACGCCGAACGCGUCUCUGAGGAACGCGCAAAGCCGCUGUCCGACCUGCCAGCGACAGCCGUAGCACCAGCAUCACAACACCAGCCGCACCAACAGCGGCCGUCUUCGUCGUCUCAGCACGAUACGGCUGGCGCGCCUUCCAACGAGACACAAAAGGCGGUGACCGCCGUGGAGGACACCGAGGAGGAUGAGAGUCACCGCGUCACACCAGAGCGGUACGCGGUGAAACGUCGCGACACCUCGUCAGCAGCCCCGCGUUCACUGGCAGAGUGUUCUUUUUCGACCCUGCCGACAACAGCGACGCCCGACUCCAACAUGCACGGUAGCUCUCGGCCAUUGCGGAGUGCCCCUGGCAAGCGUCAUGCGCGCGACGCAGCUUCACAGGCUGGAGGACCCGAUAUCAGCCGAGGCCGUAGCGGUAUUUGGAAUGAAUCAACGCCAGCCCAGCACGAGGGGUGGCCCUCUCACUCCCUUUUAAAGGAAGUCUCACCAAACUAUCGCCUGGACUACUCCACCAACAAGUCACUCCUGUCUCCGCGCCGUGGAACCCCACCACACGCCGCAUCGGGGACUCCGUCCGCUGCUGCAGCGUCGCUUCGGUCGCUCGAUCACAGCCGCAACGCCUCCGUGCAAGGCGAGUCCUCUGCAGUGGCGGAUCGUUUUGCACUGCAGCGGCGCUAUCGGCG